AUGGAGCCAUCACCCACACGUCCUAAAUCUGAAGCCCCAUUCUCCCUCGAGAAGUCUUCAGAUACGCAAGAUAUCGAGGAGGGCACAGUGCACCAAUAUGGCCAACCAGCGAUACCCAUUGACGAAGCGUUGGAGUCCAAACUUCGAUGGAAGAUGGAUCUUCGUAUAUUGCCCACGGUUACGAUUAUUUACUUGCUUUGUUUCAUUGAUCGCGCAAACAUUGGUGAGCAUACCAAGGCAACUACUCCCAAGCAUGUUUCUGAUAACUCUGCAGGCAACGCCAAGAUCGCAGGUUUGGAGGCCGACUUGAAGAUGCAGGGUUACGACUUUAAUAUUUCCCUGUCCAUCUUUUACAUCUCCUACAUUCUGUUUGAGAUCCCUCUGAAUCUCCUGUGCAAGCGGAUAGGGCCGGGUUGGUUCAUACCUGCAUGCUGUCUCGGCUUCGGUAUCUGCACCACCUGCACGGCCUUUGUCAAUGAUUUCUCGACUCUGUGCGGACUCCGGUUCUUACUUGGCGUCUUCGAAGCGGCCAUGCUACCAGCGAAUGUGUAUUACCUCUCGCGUUGGUAUCGGCGCAGUGAACUGACCUUUCGGCUUUCGUUCGUUAUCAUCUCGGCCUCCUUGGCGGGUGCAUUUGGGGGCCUGCUUGCCUCUGCCAUUUUGCGUCUUGAAAGCUUCGGCUCCUUGCAUUCAUGGAGGAUGAUCUUUGCGAUUGAAGGUAAGACUCCCCACGUCUGCCGAUUUCUUGAUGAACAAGCAUUGCUAAUACCCGCGGUUGAAGGCACUGUGACCUGUGCAGUGGGGGUGAUCUCAUUUUUCACGCUCACUGAUAGAGUCGAAACUGCUACCUGGUUAUCACCAGAGCAGAAGGUAUUGGCAAAUACAAGAAUCAUGUCAGAGAGAGUCGGAACGACCGAGAUUAUCGACAAGUUUGGUACCAAGAGAAUGCUCCGAGGCAUCCUGAAUCCAGUGGUAAUCCCGACAGCCGUGAUAUCUUUCUUCAACUUCAUCACUGUUCAUGGCCUGUCCUUCUUUCUUCCUACCAUUGUUCGCACAAUCUUUCCUCAGCACUCCGUACAAAACCAGCAGCUUCUCACAGUUCCACCAAACGUCCUGGGCACAAUCAUAUGCAUGCUAUUCUGCUAUAUAAGCUGGAAGGUGGACAAGCGCGGCAUAUUCCUUAUCAUAUGUGCACCGUUCUCAAUGAUAGGGUACAGCAUGUUUCUGGCAACAUCUAAUCCGCAUGUGCGCUAUGCGGCAACGUUCCUGCCAGUAUGCGGCAUCUUCGCGAUGGGAGCAUUCCCCAAUGCCCAUGUCUCAGCAAACGUCAUCUCGGAUACUUCUCGGUCUUCUGCGGUCGCCUUCAACGUGAUGCUUGGUAACAUUGGAGGUUUGGUAUCAACUUGGGCAUUCCUCCCUUUCGAUGGACCCGAGUAUCGCAUUGGUAACGGUCUCAAUCUGGCAGCACAAUCAUCUAUCUUUUUGAUUGGCAUCUGUAUGUAUUUCACAAUCGAGAGGAGCAAUAAGAGAAGGUCAGGCGUGGAUGUGGAGAGGGAAUUAGCUGGCAAGACUCUGUCGGAGAUCCAAGACCUUGAAUGGCGACACCCGGGCUUCAGAUGGCAGAAUUAGGAUCAUCGAUUCAUUCGAGGAGUCGUGUCGAAUUCUGUUGGACACUGUUCUCUAUCUCUCAUCUGUUGCUCCAUCAUUUGAGAAAACCCGGCCACAAGAGUCUGAAGUCCAGAUAGAAUCACAAUCGAUUGC